AUGUUCCAUAAAAUGAUCUGUUUAAUCCUUCAAGUUAUGUACAGUGCAACAUCAACACAAAUAGGAAAAGACUGUCAUUCCAGUUUACAUAACAAGCAGCCUGAAGUAAGAAACAAACCACCUGCAGUGAAGCUGACCAAAAUCUACUAUCUCAAGCGUUCGAUUCAAAGAAAUCCGUUCGAAGUUUGGUACUUCAAGGAUAAGUUGAAGUCUUUGGAAGAUUUGUUCCUUACGGCGGAAAAGUAUAACAACCAGAUUGUUGAACGACGAACAACAGAAUAUCGUCUUAAAAAUCUUAUGGAAAAAGUUCUACUCGGUCAAGAUAUUGGCCUUAUUGUAAUAGGUGGAUCAACAUCGGCUGGAGGUGGAUUAAUCAACGAUUUCUCUAAUCUAAAAGGAAUUUAUUAUCGUGUGUUUGUCGAUUGGUGGCAGAAGGCCAUACAACCUUUUACUGGAUCUCGCAUCAAAUUGCAGAAUCUCGCCGUUGGAGGAACUGCUAGCGACUUUUUUUAUUAUUGUUACAAAACUUUGAUGAGACCUAAAGAUAGCCCAGACAUUAUCCUCCUUGAGCUUUCAAUAAACGAUUAUCUUCAAUUUAAGGACUCUCAAAAGCCAAGAGCGUCAUCUCUUGAAAAACUUACGAGGCGGAUACUUAGGGAAAAAUCUUCCUCGGCAGUGGCAUAUGUCAAUUUUACUCCCGGAAAUAAUAAAAUUCCCAUGUGUGACAACCUGGAAAAUCACGGGCAGACUAUGCUAGCCUGGCAUUAUGGCAUUACAAGUUUCAGCAUGCGCGAGUCGUUAUGUUCAGAUGAUCGAGAGAGACAAAUUCCAGCGUUUUUCACUGCGGAUGGAGUUCAUAGUGGUAAUAUUGCCCAUGCACAAAUCGCUUUAAUGAUAAUCAAUAGCGUUCGUAAAGCUUUAUCAAACACCAUAACAAAUACCAAUCGAGGGCUAUUUUAUUUACGAUUUGUCGACUUACCGAGACCUGUUUAUUUUGCGGGCAAAGGGGGAUCUGUUCCAGGCCCUCUCUGUUACACUCGCCUCACACCCGACGUAAGUAGCACUUUCUUUAAUCCAUCCCUCUCUGUCACAGAAAUAAAAAAUACGGGAUUUAAACGAAUUCAAAAUCUACCUAUCGGUGUUUAUAGAAGCAGUUCAUGGGAAAAUAAACUCGGGCCUGUGCGGACUGAUGGUUUUGGUGGAUGGGAAGCAGAGAAAGUAGACUCUAUUUUACAACUACGAAUUGAUUUACCUUUUAAUGGCAUUCCUGGGGAUAAUCAAACUAGAGAUGUUCUUAUAGCCUUCCGAACAAACGGUUAUGGAGGAAAAGCAGAAGUUUCAUUGGACAAACGUAACAACAGCGUCUAUGCUGAUGCGUAUUCCACAUAUGGAUUUACACGAGUCGUUAAUGUAGCGCGUCUAGUAAAACCAGGAAGCCACAAACUAAGUUUUAAGAUUGUAAAAGGCGGAAAGUUUGCAUUAUGCGGUAUCAUGAGUGCAGGCUCAGAACCCGAACUGUGACAAACUAAUGAGCCUAGACAAAGCUCUGUUGAUCACGUGUCUGUUACGAUCGGGUAGGGACCGCAGCCUCACAAAAAAAAUGCAUCACGAAAUACAAACAACUGGCAGAUUGAAAUGGUUAGGAAGAUGGAAACAGCUUACGUAUAUUUUGUACAAGUACCGAUCGUGUUUGCUUUUUAAUCGUAGUUUAAGGCAUUCCUGCUUUCGGGCAAAACAUGAUUAUGGGAUCACGUCACCAGAACGGGACUAGGAUAAAUUGAUGUUGAUCACCGAGUCCGCCUCGAGUAGAUGGAAAUAGUUAACAAGAAGGAAACUGAUUGAUUAU